AUGUUGCAGCGUAAUUUUGUUGACGUCAGCGACUCGGUCGUACUGCGGACCAAGACUCCUUUGUUUCCUUCUUCUCGGUGGAUUCCGUUGAGAACGGGCAGCUAUUACAAUGGAGACUGGAACGAGCGAACCAUGUCUGGACACGGAAAAUAUCACAUGGCCGACGGUGCAAUGUACGUGGGCGGAUUCGAAAACGGUUUAUUUCACGGAUCGGGUACGAUAUACUACCCGAUUGGGUCACAAAUCAAAGGCGUUUGGGAAAACGGCAAAUGCCUUUCGCGCAAAUACAUCUUUAGCGAUGGUCUCGAAUUCGAUUUGAACAAUUGGAAAUACUGUCAAAUGCCGGAUAGAAGAUACACUCCAGAACACUUAAGAGGUUUACGACCGGCGGCCCAUUGUCGAAUCACCAACCGCGAUCGACCGGUUCGACUUCCCGACGGGUUGUAUGACACAGGCUAUGGGUUUUACCAACCACUGACCAACACCGUGCACGACUAUGAAACCAAUGAAUUAAUAAGGGUACCGACCAAGGCCGGCGCCAAGUGGAUAAUGGACAACUGCCGGAAGGGUGGCGAAACCGUCGUAGGCUUCCGGCCGGAAUUCUAUGAAAAUUGGUACGAGACAGACGUCCAGACCAACGUCGAAAUGAACGAUUCAACGGCCAAGAAAGCUAUAUACGACCCUGUCGCGGAUCAAACGACUCGAGAUAUGAAUGGAAGAAUAACGAUCACGACCAACUUGAAGAAGCCCGUCGGCCUGAGCUUGGCCAGUCACGACUUGAGAGGGCCCGAACCCAGCGCUGUUAACUGUGGUGGAUCAUCUACCCGAUCGAGACAGCUUCUCGUGAUGAAAAAUUCGGAUCAAUCGCUUAAAUACUGUCAGAAAAUCAUGAACUUGAUACAGAACGCCGCGAACGAACCGAGCAACAUGCAGUUUGGCAAAAUCAAACACGGCGGCAAAGACCUCCGCUUGUCGCGGCCACAAACCGCUAAAGAAAUCGCCAAAAAAGCCGCCCUCGAAGACGAUCCCGGGUUUUGGUAA